UGCAGAGUGGUUUGGAAGCAGGUGGGCAGAACCUUCCAGAAACCCAGAAUAAUCUGGACUGUAAACUUCAUUUAAUCAAGGAUGGCAGAUGCUGAAAGAGAAAUGGGCCUUCCGCCGAUUGAGCAGAAACCAGGCCUCCAAAUAUGGACCAUCAAGAAUAUGAAGAUGGAGCCUAUUCCUGCAAAAGCUUAUGGGAGUUUCUUUGAAGGAGACUGCUACAUCGUAUUAAAUAACACGAAGACGCAGCAUGACUUUGCCACUGAUCUCCACUAUUGGAUCGGGCGCGAUGCCACUCAGGACGAGCAAGGGGCUGCUGCUUUCUACAUCACUCAGAUGGAUGAUUCCCUGGGAGGGAGACCCGUUCAGCACCGAGAGGUUCAAGGUCAUGAAUCCGCUGCUUUCAAAAGUUAUUUCAAGAAAGGCAUCAUCUACAAGAAGGGAGGAGUGGCUUCAGGUUUCAAGCAUGUUGAGACCAACAUGUAUAACAUCAAAAGGCUCCUUCAUGUUAAGGGCAAGAAACAUGUGUCAGCGACAGAGGUUGACCUUUCUUGGGACAACUUCAACAAAGGUGACGUCUUUCUGUUGGAUCUUGGCAAAGUGUUAAUCCAGUGGAACGGACCUUCCUGCAACGUUGCUGAGAAAUCGAAGGGAAUGAUCUUGGCACGAAGCAUCCGAGAUGGCGAGAGAGGGGGACGUGCCCAAAUUGCUGUUAUCGACAACGAAAAAGACUGCCCAGAGCUUAUGCAGAUCAUGAAGGCGACGCUGGGUGAGAGGACCCGAGAGAUUAGAGAACCAUUACCAGAUGAAAAAGCAGACGAACAUCAGAAAGCCAACGUCCGCCUUUACCAUGUGUAUGAAAAUGGCAAAGAUCUUGUGGUUCAAGAAAUUGCAACCCGACCCCUCACCCAAGACCUCCUGAGUCAUGAGGAUUGUCACAUUGUAGACCAGGGAGGUUUGAAAAUUUAUGUCUGGAGAGGAAAGGUGUCCAGCAAGGAAGAAAAAACUGCCGCUUUUAGUCGGGCCGUGGGCUUCAUCCAAGCCAAAGGUUACCCUCCGUCCACGAACAUAGAAGUUGUAAAUGAUGGAGCAGAAUCCGCCAUGUUUAAACAACUUUUCCAGAAGUGGACAGACAAAUACGCGACCCAAGGCCUUGGCAAAGCCUACGCUCUCGGAAAAACUGCCAAAGUGGACCAAGCGAAAUUUGACAUCACUCAGUUGUACAUGACCCCAGAAGUGGCCGCUGAAGAAAGAAUGGCCGAUGAUGCCUCUGGAAAAGUUGAGGUAUGGCGGAUUGAGAAUCGGGAGAUGGUCCCAGUUAAUCCCAAGACUUAUGGCCAGUUUUAUGGGGGUGACUGUUACCUGGUCUUGUACACCUACACGAAGUCCGGUCGACCUCAUUACAUUAUCUACAUGUGGCAGGGCCGCCGUGCUUCAGUGGAUGAAAUUACGGCUUGUGCUAUCAACGCUGUGGAGCUGGACAAAAAAUAUGGAGAUGAGCCUGUCCAGGUCCGAGUGACAAUGGGGAAGGAACCCAGACAUUUCCUCGCUAUCUUCAUGGGAAAUUUGAUCAUUUAUGAGGGAGGCAUCAGUCAUGGUCAGAAGACGGAACCUGAAGCAGCUAUCCAGCUCUUCCAAGUGAGAGGUACCGAUGAAUUCAACACCAAAACGGUUGAGGUCCCAGCCCGAGCAUCCUCUCUCAAUUCCAAUGAUGUCUUUCUUCUCAAGACCAACCAAGUCUGUUACCUGUGGUGUGGAAAGGGAUGCAGUGGAGACGAGCGAGAAAUGGCGAAGACUGUGGCUGAUGUCAUCUCCAAGUGGGACAAACAGACUGUCCUGGAAGGUCAGGAACCAGCUGAAUUUUGGUUUGCCCUUGGAGGCAAAGCGCCCUAUGCCAGUGACAAGAGGUUUCAGGAACGAAUCCCUCACUAUCAGGCUCGCUUGUUUGAAUGCUCCAACCAGACUGGCCGAUUCAUCAUGACUGAAAUAGUGGAUUUUGGCCAAGAUGACCUGGACGAAGAAGAUGUUAUGCUGUUGGACACCUGGGAAGAGAUUUUCCUUUGGGUCGGGAAAGCCGCCAACAGCUAUGAAAAGACGGAGUCCGUUUCUGCAGCCAAAGAAUAUUUGAAGAACCACCCAGCGGGGAGAGACGUAGCAACCCCAAUCAUCGUGGUCAAACAAGGUCACGAGCCCCUGAACUUCACCGGUUGGUUCGCUGCCUGGGACCCUUACAAGUGGAGUGAUGGCAAGUCUUAUGAACAGAUGAAAAGCAGUUUAGGAGACGUAUCUGCCAUAUCAGAAAUUACAAUGGAUCUGAAAAAUGCUAACUUCAACCACAGAAGUACCAGCCAUAAGCCUGUCACUGCCAAUGUAGACGUUUCAGAAGCCAGGUCAAGUAUGCAGGAUGACCAAACGCUUACUCACAGUAGUAACUGUUACAACGCCAAUGCAUCUUGGCAAGAACCAAAUGAUGUUGGUACCUUUCCUAGAGACCUGCUGAUUAACAAGACGGUGGACGAGCUUCCAGAAGGUGUGGACCCCACCAAAAAGGAGUACUUCCUAUCUGAUGCAGAAUUUUUUGAUAUCUUUGGGAAGACAAAGGAUGCAUUCUACCAGAUGCCUACAUGGAAACAGCAAAAUGAGAAGAAACAAUUCGGAUUGUUUUGAACAGAGAGACGGGUAGUUGGUGACACCUGAAAACAGGGUUGUCUACAAGGGGGGGGGUCACAAAGGUUAAGAUGGGGCCACAAAUUUAUCUUAGAACUGUCAAUGCAGGUAAAAAAAUAUUGAUGGGACUUUGAUCGCUCGUGGCUAUUCAAUCUUGACUGUUUCGACUUCCUAACUCAGAAAGAAGAUGGAUCUUGGAGGAAAGUUUCCCAAAUUUCAAAUGGACAAUUUUAAAAAUAAACUCUUCCCGAAAUCUG